UAAGUGCUAUAAAAGAAAUUUGUUUCUCUUAUUUUAUAGAAGGGUUUCAUCCUGCCGAUCUUGCUCGGGUAAAGAAUAGCGAUGAUUGGUUGAAACGAUUUCUUGUGCACUCGGAAAUUGACGUGCAGCUCGCGUUACAGCGACUUUGGGAUUCUUGUGAAUGGCGGAAGAAAUUUGGGACCAAUGAAAUCAAUGAAAAUAAUGUGAGGUUAGAUUAUCUUCAAGAUGGCAGCUUGUUUGCUCAUAACAAAGAUAAAGAUGGAAAGAUUCUCCUUAUAUUUAAAUCUAAAAAACAUGUGAAAGGGCAGCGAGAUAUGGAAGACUUGAAGAGAUGUGUUGUGUAUUGGUUUGAACGGCUUGAGAGGCUGGGUAAUGGUAAUCAGAUCAGCAUCUUCUUUGACAUGGCAGAUACUGGGAUGUCAAAUAUGGAUAUGGAAUUUAUCAAGUACCUAAUUGGCUUGUUUAAUAUGUAUUAUCCUGAUUUCCUUAAUUACGUUCUGGUAUUCGAAAUGCCAUGGAUUUUAAAUGCGGCCUUCAAAAUAAUAAAAUCCUGGCUACCAGCAAAGGCAGUUCAAAAAAUAAAGUUUAUAAAUAAAACAAAUCUGAAAGAGUAUGUUGAACCUGACCAAGCUCUGAAGUGCUGGGGAGGUUUCGAUGAUUACACAUUUACAUUUGUUCCUGAGCAGCGAUCAUCUGUACUCUAUGAUAGAUUUGAUGACAGCAAGAAAAAGGUUCACUUUGCUGAUGGUUCGCCAUCAGUAGACUCGUAUCCUGCUGGUUUUGGUGAUACAGGAAUCAGAGUUGAUGGCGCAUCUUUACCAAAUUCAUCUCUGUCCAUCCAUCCCCCUGAUGUCAUCUACUUUACCAAUAAAGAUGAUGAGUUAAUGGGGAGUGUUACGUUGACUAAUAAUGGUAACAAGAUAAUCGCUUAUAAGAUCAAAACCACUUCUCCAGAAAAGUUCAGAGUACGUCCUAGCACCGGAACGUUGGUCCCAGCAGCGUCCGUCACCGUUAAUGUGGUGCUCCAGCCAGACUUUCAGUUCCCUGGGCUCUCAAGAGACAAGUUCCUUGUUAUGAACUUGCCUGUUGACUCGGCAGACAUGACACCACAGGAACUCUCAGAGCUCUGGAAGCAAACAUCGGGGAAAGCUGUAGAACAGCGUCGUUUAAGAUGCAGUCUUAGUGCUCCGAGUGCUGUAAAGAAUGGCACUGCCUUUGGAUCUACCAGCUGUCUAGAUGCUGAUAGCCAGGUAGCACAACUGAUCUCAGCUGUGACACACUUGACAGAGUGUCAGUCUAGAAUUCACUUGGAGAUACGGCAAACGCGAAAAUUACAGUGGCUGACGGUCGUAGUAACAUUAAUUGUUGGUGUAGCCCUAAUAUACAUUUUCAGUCAAGAAUCACAAGAUUUCAGGGGGCAUGCAUGCUUUCCAGAAGAAACACUUCACUCUUCAAAUAUAUAAACAUAAUGUGUUUAUUGCUUAAACUCUUUGUACAGAAGUGUAAUGUAUAGUGAAUUAUGCAUUUACUGACGAUGGCAGUUCUCUGCAUUGGCCUCCAGAAUUUAUAAAAUCAUGAAGAUUCACCUCAAACUGGUUGCAUUAGUAUUAAAGCAAAUAAGGCUCACACAUUGCCAACACUGCAAACACAUCACCUGAUAAUGAAGUCUUUUGUUAGCAAAUUAAAUUGUUAAGGUUUAGUAAACUGUUUUCAAGAGUAUCAGUAUACUUUUUCUGCAAUAAAAAUAUAAAUGUUUGCUACUAUCACUAUUUUUAUAUGCUAAUAUGAAUUUGUAUCUUGCAAUGUACAUGUUCUUCUAUUUCUGUGAUGACAGAUAAAUUGAUUUGUAAUUCAAAUUGUGUUAUAUUCAGAUGUGUUUUAUGUUUAUAUUGAAUUGUGUUAGGAAGUAUCAUGAGUUACUCCAUGCAUUGCUUCACAAAUUGCACUUGACAGAAUGACAAGUGUUGUUGUGUGUGUGUACCGAGUUGCAUGGGACUAUUAACUGAAAUCAAAAGUAACGCAAAUAGAAUUGGCCCGGAUGCAUUUCUGGGAAUGGGAAAAGUAGCUCUACCAGAAUUAUAAAGGAAAGUACAGUAUUUUACAGGAAGACCAAACAUCUAACAAAGUACUUAUUCCAAAUAACCUGUACUCUAAAUAAAUGCAUUUCCCAUUUACGCAUUCAGUAAAAAUGCCAUGAAAUUGAUUCUAGUGUUGUACAAUAUUAACCGUGUUAACAAGAUUAAAUCCUGAAUUUGUAAUCUGAGCAAUUUAUUAAUAUGUGCAUUACAUUUCUAAAGAAUCAAAUGUAAAUACUGUAGUUUAUUUCAGUUCAAACACUGAAUUUAUAGAAUUUGUAAUUUUGCCUUGAUAAAUCAAAGGAACUGCUGUAAUGGUAACUAAAGCAUAUAGAGGACCAGAUACGGGGUUUAACUCUUUUCAUGUCUCACAGUGGAAAAUGUACUGGUGGUGUGACUGCAAAGUGUAAAGACCUUGGAACAGCCAUGUAUUAAGAAUGCACAAAUAAUAGAAUUGACUGAGGAAGUUGCAUUUCAUAAACCACAAUAUGCAUCACUUACAAGUCCCCAGAAACUACCAAAACCAGUUUUUUUAUGAGGCAGUAUAGAACUGCUGAAUCUUCAAUUUAUGGCUUCAGUACUCUUUAUUAAUAAUGUUGAUUAAGGUUUAAACUGUGUGAUCAUGUCUGAAAAAGUUGAAUAUUUACUGCUAUAUAGAAAUUAAAGGCAUUUAAAUGUGACCCACUUGAAUACAUAAUGCUACAUGUGGGCUCUGUGAAUAACUGAAUUUUUAAUAUUAAGUCUAGCACAUAGUAUUCCUGCAUUAUGUAUACAAGUAGAGAUCGGCAUAUGCAAUAGCUCAAAAGAUUUAAAUUAUAAGAUUCAGAAUUUUAUUAAGUUUUGUUUGUUAAACACUUCCCAUAUAGGCCUACUUUGAAUGGAAAUUACUGAAUUGUGUAUGUAGUAAUAAAUAAUAUUGUAUUCCUAAUUUAUUAAAAUGCCUUAAUGUUAA